GGGCUGCCGUGAUCACGUCCGGACGCUGAGCGGCUGGUCAGUGCGCUCGUCAGCCGCCGGGCCGCCAUGUUGACGCUGGCGCCGGCGCCGCCGGUGCUGCUGGUGCUGGCGCUGGCGCUGCUGGCCGUCGCGCCCGGCCGCGCUGAUUUUGUGACCGAGUGUCCGGAAAGAUGCGAAUGCGUCUGGGUCGGUGGCAAGAAGCAGGCGCGCUGCACGGACGGCGCGGAGGAGGGCCUGCCGCGUGGCCUCAGCUCCGACACCCAGGUGCUGGAGUUAUCGGGCUGGCGCGUGCCGCGGCUCCACCGAGACGCGCUCAGUCAGGCCGGCCUGCAGCACCUGCAGAAGCUGUUCCUGCGUGGCGUCGGCCUGCGCCAGUUGGACAAGCGCGCCUUCAGUGGACUCAGCCUGUUGGUGGAGCUCGACUUGGCUGAAAAUCAGCUGAGCAACGUCGACAUCGAGACAUUCAGUGACAACGAGAAGCUGCGCCGGCUCUCGCUGGCUGGUAACCCGCUGCUGGAGCUGAAGCCGCUGCAGUUCCCAGCGCUGCCGCACCUGCAGCAGCUCAACCUCAGCCAUUGCAGGCUGGCUUCGGUCGCGCCGCGCGCUUUCAAAAAACUGCCGAACCUCACGAAACUGAACCUGGACGGCAACAAGCUGGCGGUGCUCGAGUCGGACAUCUUCCAGUCGCUGAACAAGCUGAAAGCGCUGACGCUGCACGACAACCCCUGGCGCUGUGACUGUCACCUGCGGCUGUUCCGCGACUGGCUGAUCGAGCACAACUUGUACCAGGAGGGCACCUCUUGCGUCGAGCCCGAACGGCUGGUCGGCAAGCGCUGGAACGCAGCGCGCUCUGAGGAGUUCGCCUGCCGGCCGCACAUCCACAUCCCGGAGCCGACCGUGGUGGCUGACGUCGGCCAGAACGUGACGCUGCGCUGCCAGAUCUCCGGCAACCCGGCCGCCGCCACCAAGUGGGUGCUCGGCCCCGGCCGCAUUCUGCACAAUAACACGCAGAUCCCGUUCACCAACCAGCAGUACAUCAUUCACGAGGAGGGCAACGUCAACCGAUGGACGAACCUGACCAUCACGCGCGUCACCGAGCAGGACGCCGGCCAGUACCUGUGCGUCGGCUCCAACCCGGGCGGCGUGGUGGAGCAUAACGUGACGCUGGUGUUCCGCACGGCGGCGGCGGCGACGCCGGGCGGCACUGGCCUGGUCAGCGGCACGCUGCUAGUCGGCCUGCUGGCGGGCGGCGCCGGUCUGCUGCUGCUCCUGUUGCUGCUGCUGCUGCUGUUCUGUUGCUGCUGCCGGCGCGGCGCGCGCGCCGCCGACAAGGAGGCGGCCGGCGCCGCCGACCAGGUGCUGGUCAUGAACCAGAAGCCGGCGCGCAUGGGCGAGUACGAGAAGCUGCCGCAGACCGACGUCGAGAUGGAGCGGCUGCGCGCGCCGGCCGGCCUCGGCGAGCCUAGCAGCAGCGUCAUGUGCAACCCAACGGGCCAGGAGGCGACGGCGGCGACGGCGGCGCGCCGGCGCAGCCUGCCGGACGCUACACUGCCGCUGGACGAUCCGCGUCGCGAUUACCCAGACCUGCUGCACCUGCCGCGCCGCCGCUGCUCGCUGACGGCGCGACCCGGCUACGUGACGCUGCCGCGCCGGCCGCGCACGCCCAGCUGGGCGGGCGGCUCGCCGGCGCCAUCCGACCCCGUGUACGACACGCUCGGGCCGCGCACCACCGUCGACGGCAGCUCCCGGCUCAGUCUGACGAGCGUGGGCGUCGAGUGUCUGCCGGCCUACUACCUGCCGGUGGAGGCGCCGCCGCUCAAGCCCAAAAAGGUGUCGCCGCCGGUGCUGCCCAAGCCGCAGCUGAACGGCGGCGGUCCGACGGCCGUCCUACAGGACGAGGGCGAAGACGGCACAGAGGUGUGA